AAAAUUUCAAGGUCACCAGACGACUGCGGAAUCCAUGCUUGUUGAAAAACUUGCAAGCUUGUUAAAAAUUUUCAUUCGUUUUUAAUUUCGAGCAGUUUAAUUUGCAAGCAAAAUGUGUGACGAUGAUGAUUGGGAUUCGCCGAGCAGUUCAGCUCCAGCGAUGAAUGAACAAAGAGGUGGCGUAGUCUCCGAAGGGGGUUGUAAGUUCUCUUCUGGUCGUGGCUUUGUUCCUGCUGAGCAAAACAAUGACUUGUGGGGGGACGGCUAUACAAAUGGGGGGAAAAAAGACGAUGAAUGGGGGGAUUCCGGGGGUGGUUUUUCUUGGGCAUCUAACGAGGAUUCAGAGGGCGGCAGAGGUCGAGGCGGUCGUGGAGGCCGCGGCGGUCGCGGAAGAGGGGGCGGCCGUGGUGGAGGUCGAGGGGGUUUUCGCAAUGAUUUCGAAAAUGGGGGAGAACGUGGAGGUCGAGGCGAUGGUGGGGGCGAAGAGAAAAAGAGGGAAUUUUAUGUUCCACCUGAAAUAGAAAAUGUUGAAGACUUGUUUACCAGUGGAAUUACCACAGGAGUCAAUUUUAUGAAGCUGGAUGAAAUUGAAGUGAAGGUAACUGGAAAUAAUCCUCCAGAACCAAUAGCUUCGUUUGAAUGUUCGGGUUUGAGACCUCACCUGUUAGAUAAUGUGAAAAAAUCUGGAUAUACGAAGCCUACGGCUAUUCAAAAAUAUGCUAUUCCUGUUAUUUUAAGCGGUCGUGAUCUUAUGAGUUGUGCUCAAACUGGUUCGGGAAAAACUGCAGCUUUUAUGUUACCAAUUAUUCAUAAACUAUUAAGUGAUAAGAAUCCCGCAAACACUGAAAAUAAUUGUGCACAACCUGUAGUUGUGAUAAUGUCACCUACAAGAGAAUUGGCAAUUCAGAUAGCCGAACAAGGAAAGAAAUUUGCUUAUAAUUCUACUGUGAAAGUUGCCGUUAUUUAUGGUGGAACUUCCACGAAUCAUCAACGUGGCCGUAUUUUGGGUGGUUGUCACAUCUUGGUUGCUACACCUGGUAGACUAAAGGAUUUUGUAAAUCGCGGAAACGUGUCUUUUAAUUCUCUUCAAUACUUUGUUCUUGAUGAAGCAGAUAGGAUGUUGGAUAUGGGUUUUCUCGGCGAUGUUGAAGAAAUGCUAAGUCAUCAAUCAAUGCCUGCUACUGGUGAACGUCAAACUUUGAUGUUUUCGGCUACAUUUCCCGAAGAAGUUCAACAACUUGCAGUGAAAUUCUUGCACAACUACAUCUUUAUCGCCGUGGGAAUCGUCGGAAGUGCAUGCACCGAUGUUGAACAGAAAUUCUUUCAAGUGAGCAAGUUUGACAAAAGAUCGAAACUCGUCUCGAUUUUGGAAAAAUCACCAAACGAACGUACUCUCAUCUUUGUGGAAACUAAACGAAACGCUGAUUUCUUGGCGACUUUUCUUAGCGAGCAAAAUAUUCAAUCUACUAGCAUUCACGGCGAUCGUUAUCAAAGCGAAAGAGAACAAGCCUUACUCGAUUUCAAGACUGGUAAUAGAAAAGUUCUCGUUGCUACUGGAGUUGCAGCCAGAGGUCUUGAUAUUAAAGACGUCCAACAUGUUAUUAAUUACGAUUUACCUAAAUCCAUUGAUGAAUACGUACAUAGAAUAGGAAGAACUGGCCGUGUUGGAAAUAAAGGUAAAGCUACGAGCUUUUUUGAUGAAGAUCAGGAUCGUAAUCUCGCCUCUGAUCUUGCGAAAAUACUCUCGCAAGCUAAACAAGAAAUACCGGAAUGGUUGGGGAGUAAAAGUUAUGGAGGAUCUGGUGACCAAUUUGGAGGCCGUGAUAUUCGCGGGGAUAACUUUGGUCAUGGACAAGAUUUUACUUCUACUGUUGCCGUUGAGGAAGAAGAGGUCUGGUAAGACAUUACUCACGUUUUGUCCGAUUGUGUGACAUUUAUAUAAUAUAAGUUUUGUUAUGUUCCUAGGUUUAGUUUAAAAUGUUUAUCACUCUAUGAAUUAUAAAGUUUUGUUUUUGUUUUUGGACGUUCAGUUAAAUUCUUAGUUUGAAGUUUUGUUAUUCUACCACCGUUAAGCUGUGAUACUUGACUUAUGGGAUUAUUAGUCAAUAGUAUCCACUUGUUUUUGUAGCGCAUUCCAAAUUACUUCAAUAAAUAUUUUUUAUGACUCA